UUAGAUUCCAUCUUACCUACAUAUCGCAAAAUGGACGAAUGAUUAGUGAACUGAUGAGAUGGAUAGUUGAACAUUGGAAUGAUUCAAAUUACUUUUCACAAUGUUUUCUGGAUAUCGCUUAAUCCUAGUGAAACGAAUCCUUCAUUCAUCUAAUCGAUUCAUACGACAAGCAAUUGAUUAUCAGAAAAAUUACUACGAUAUACUGGGAGUUAGCAUAAUGCGACACAACAAGAAAUCAAAAAUGCAUUCUAUAUGUUGUCCAAAAAGUAUCAUCCGGAUAUCACUGGGAGUGCUGCUGAGAGCAUGCUUACGAAACGAUUUAUCGCGAUUAAAGAAGCAUAUGAUGUAUUGAAAGAUGUAGAGAGCCGGAAUGAAUACGAUGCAUAUCGUGCGCAAACAAGUUGUGAUUACGAUCAGCAAACUUAUAGUAAGCAAAAUACUGGAUUUGGUACCCGGCGAAGUAAUCGUUACGCGGGUAGCAAUCAGUAUCGUAGUAGUUGGCACUAUGAUGAUGCUCAUUUGAAGAAGGUUUUCGAAGAGUUACGGCGUCGUGCAGAUGAAUAUGAAAGAGAGCAAAAAGAACGAGAUGACCAGUUCUGGGAAAGAUUUUACCGGGCUGAACAAGAACGAUAUAAACGGCGGCAAAAAAUGCCACCGAGGCCUAAUGUUAAACUUGCAAUCGAUAGUUGGCUCAAUGGACCAUUACUUCCAUAUUUACCUUAUUUAAGUGCUGCUUUGAUUGUUUAUAUGAUUGGAUUCUUUAUUCUUUCAUUGCACAGCAUUGUCACAGGCAGGGAAACAUUUGCUGGUAUAAAUGAGGACGAUUGUCCACAAACAAAAAUUAACGAAACGAAGACUGGAGAAAGUGAAGCACAUACGGAGAAUUUCAAAUAUGAUCCAUUAUGCUAGCAUUAUGAAUAGAAAAUAAUUCGCAUCUUUCAAACGUUUUGGUUUCAAAUGUAAAGCAAGAGCUAUUAUUUCUGCA